AUACGGCUCAACUCAAUGACUAGUGACACCAUUGCACUUUCUCUCUCCUCAUAUCCCCAAAACCAUUCUCUUUCUUCUCCUUUCAGAAUUCCACUGUUCAAUUUUCUCUCUCCUCUUCUUCUUCUUUUCGUUUCACUCUUCAACCCUAAUUAAAUCUCUGAAUUUUUAUUUUUUAUUUUUAAAAGUCCAAAUUUCUUCCACAUUAUUUCGGCUGUUCAAUUUUUUCGAUUUUUUUUCGAUUUUUUUGUUCAUCAGAUUUCGAUCAAUUUUUUGUUUUUUAAAAUUACUGUUUGUGUUUUAGGUAGACAGCUCAGGGUUGUGAUCUAAGGGUGUAUGAGGACAGUGUUGAUAUACAAGUCCUGUAUAUGCUGAGGGUCCGACUUUGAAUUUGGAUAUCUGAUUUCUCAAACUGAAGAUCUCUGCUGGUCUCUAUGUGAGGGAAUAUUUUCUUUCAUAUAAAAUGCAGAAUACUGGAGUUGUCCCAAAGAAUCCUUCUUUAAGAGUGACAACCCAGCAGUCUGCCCGUCGCUUGAGCUUCUGUUCGCAAAUAGCCACUGGGCAGCACUGCUCUCCAGUUGUAUUUCCCGAAAAACGUAGCAAAGGGAAGGCUUCACGCCGUAACGAAGUCAUUGAUACUAACAAUGAUCCACAAACAGCAAAGAGGGAUGAUCACAGAAUUGACAUAGGGGAUGAACAAUCUGACUUGUUAGGAUAUGAUGUAUUUUCUGGAAAGUUAGUUUGGGAUAAGCGGAAGACUAAGAAAAGUACUGACGCACAGACAUCAACAGAAUCGACAAACCAGGGAGCUGCUGAUGCCAAACUUACUAGCAAGGCUCUGGUUUGGGGAUCAUAUACAUUGUUCUUAGAAGAUGUGAUUUCGGUAUCAUAUAAUUCUGGUCUUAGGCAUUUUACUGUACACUCAUAUCCAAUUAAGAACCCUGCACUUGUCCUCUCUUGCUUUAUGAAAACUCGAAGAUGUCGAAAAGAUUACCGUUUUUUGGCUUCUAACCCAGAUGAGGCGCUUCAAUGGGUUAAUGCCUUCGCAGAUCAACAGUGUUAUAUUAAUUGUUUGCCGCAUCCACUCGUAUCAUCAAAGAAACAACCUUCAGAGUCUGCACCAAGUGAUAUAUUUUUCGAACCAUUUGAACCAUACAUCAAAUGUAAGAGUCCGCCCAGAAUGCUCGUAAUAUUGAACCCACGGUCUGGACGCGGCCGGUCUAGUAAAGUAUUUCAUGGAACGGUGGAGCCCAUAUUUAAGCUCGCAGGUUUUAAGCUGGAGGUUGUCAAAACAACUUGCGCUGGACAUGCUAAGAAACUUGCCUCCACCGUUGACUUCAGCACAUGUCCUGAUGGGAUUGUUUGUGUUGGAGGUGAUGGAAUUGUUAAUGAGGUUUUAAAUGGUCUACUCAGCAGGAAUGAUCAGAAAGAGGCCAUUUCCAUCCCAAUUGGAAUUAUUCCGGCUGGUUCUGAUAAUUCUCUAGUUUGGACUGUUUUGGGGGUUAGAGAUCCUGUUUCUGCUGCAAUAUCAAUCGUUAAGGGAGGCCUUACAGCAACCGACGUGUUCGCAGUAGAAUGGAUUCAAAGUGGAGUUAUUCACUUCGGGACGACUGUCACCUAUUUCGGUUUUGUCAGUGAUGUGCUGGAGCUCUCUGAGAAAUAUCAAAAGCGCUUUGGUCCACUGCGUUAUUUUGUUGCCGGCGUUCUGAAGUUUUUAUGCUUGCCAAAGUAUAACUUCGAAAUAGAAUACCUUCCAGCAUCAACAGGGUCACCAGAGGAUGGAAAAUUACUAGCUGAUAGAGAAGUGGUUGAUAUGUCUGAUCUGUACACUGACGUUAUGAGGAGAUCUAAUGCAGAUCGCUUUCCAAGAGCUUCCAGUUUGUCUAGUAUCGAUUCAAUAAUGAGCCCUAGUAGAAUGUCAGGCGUGGAUAUGGAAACUACUGGCAGUAGCACACGUGCCAGCACUGAGCCGUCUGAUUAUGUGCGUGGCUUAGAUCCUAAAACAAAACGCCUCUCUUCUGGGAAGAGGAAUGAUGCGGCAGAACCUGAAGUAAUCCACCCCCAACUUCCACUUUCAACUACCCCGAACUGGCCAAGGACCAGGUCUAAGUCACGGACAGACAAGGGAUGGGCUGGAAUGACUACAACACACGAUGCUACAAGAAGCUCUUGGGGAAAUACGGGACCGGAUAAGGAAGAUAUUUCUUCCACAAUGUCUGACCCAGGUCCAAUCUGGGAUUCUGAGCCAAAGUGGGACUCUGAGCCUAACUGGAAUGAAGAACAUCGCAUUGAACUGCCCGGACCACCGCCCGAGGAAGAUGAAGAGGAAAGAAAGACCGAUGUUACUUCUAGGUUUGAAGAUAAAUGGGUGGUUAAGAAGGGACACUUUCUUGGUGUUUUAGUAUGCAAUCAUUCAUGUAAAACUGUUCAAAGUUUGAGCUCUCAGGUGGUGGCACCAAAUGCUGAACCUGAUGACAAUACCUUGGAUCUAUUACUGGUCCAUGGAAGUGGUAGGCUCAGGCUGCUGAGAUUCUUCUUACGUUUACAAUUUGGAAGUCAUCUGUCCCUGCCCUAUGUUGAGUAUGUGAAGGUGAAAUCAGUCAAGAUCAAACCAGGAAAGCAUUCACAUGAAGGAUGCGGGAUUGAUGGGGAACUAUUCCCGGUCCAUGAACAAGUCAUAACUUCUUUGCUCCCCGAACAAUGCCGGCUUAUUGGUCGACCACCCAGUCGACAGAUAUGAGGCUAUUGGCAAGUGUAGAUUGGUUUUCUCUGCUCCUUGUGGUAAUAGAAAUGUGCAGAACGUAGAUGGCGUAUAACAUUUUAGUUUUUUUUUUCUUUCUUGUGAUCCACCUGCUAUUUUGUCAUUGCAAUGUAAGAGCUGCCUGUAAAUUUUGUGAGAUAAUGUCCUGCUGUUGCUCCUUCCAUUCUUUUUUCAUCUGCCCUUUGUGUUGUUCUUGCUGCGUGCAGGCUGUAACUUGUAUCGGGAAUUCUGUAGUCACCUUGAAUUUGUUCCCCGAGAUAUAUAUAUGUACUAUAAAUACUACA